AUGCCCUCAACUCACGAAAAACCGAAACCGUGGGACACGGAUGACGUUGACAAAUGGAAGAUCGACACCUUCACUCCCAAAGAUAAUGUUGGCGGCACAUUUCUCGAAGAAUCGUCAUUCAGCCUGCUCUUCCCAAAAUAUCGCGAGGUUUACCUCAAGGAGGCCUGGCCUUUGGUUACCCGAGCCCUCGAAAAGCACGGAAUUGCCUGCAAGCUCGAUUUGGUGGAGGGUUCUAUGGAAGUCCGGACAACUCGAAAGACGUUUGAUCCCGCUGCCAUCCUCAACGCACGCGACCUCAUUAAGCUCCUGGCUCGCUCUGUACCCGCACCUCAAGCUAUCAAGAUCCUCGAAGACGGUAUUGCCUGCGAUGUGAUCAAGAUACGCAACUUGGUUGGAAGUAAAACGUCAUUUAUCAAGCGUAGACAACGAAUCCUCGGACCCAACGGUUCGACUCUCAAGGCGCUGGAGUUGCUCACAGAAACAUACAUUCUGGUCCAUGGAAACACAGUUUCGGCCAUGGGGCCCUACAAGGGGCUAAAAGAGCUGAGACGAGUUGUGGAAGACUGCAUGGCAAACGUACACCCCGUGUACCACAUAAAAGAAAUUAUGAUCAAGAGAGAGCUUGCAAAGGACCCCGAACUUGCCAACGAGAGCUGGGAUCGCUUCCUCCCCAACUUCAAAAAGAGGUCUCUCAGCCACAGACGUGUUCCCCACAAGGUCACCGACAAGGCCAAGAAGACAUACACACCAUUCCCUCCAGCUCCCGAAAAGAGCAAGGUGGACAAGCAAAUCGAGACUGGCGAGUAUUUCUUGGCCAAGGGCGACAAGAAGCGUGCUUUACACGAGGAGCGCAAGGAGAAUCAGAGCAAGCGAAAGGAGGAGAAGGCAAAGGAGCGAGAGGCCGAGUUUGUCCCGCCGCAAGAGGGCCGUCCCAAGAAGAAGCGCAAGAAGACGGAAGAGUAA